UCGACCUGAACACCGCAGUCGACGCUGAGCAGUCGCGCGAUCGCGAGGUGGUGGUCCCCGGUGGGAUUUGUGUCUGCCGAUUGAAUAAACGAUCAGUUAAUCUUCGCUGUCUUCGAGGGAUGUUCGCGACUUCUAUUAGCUUUUGAAUCUUGCGAGUCCUUUUUGGUACCGUGGCAUUUUCGGAUAAACGUUUAGGACGCAUUUUCAUAAAUACAAAGGUCGACUCAAAGAAUCUCAAAAAAAUCAUUCAUCAACAAGUUUUACAACUGAAGAAAUAAAUUCAUUAAAAUCAAAUCGUAAACGAUAUUUAAACAGUGAAAAUGUCAUUGAACUUGGCGGAUGAUCAACGAUUUGCAUUAAUGAAGUUCCGGCGGUCCGUGCAAGAUAUCCUACAGCCACACCAUGAUGACCACUUUCUGCUUCGUUGGUUGAGAGCUAGAAAAUGGAAACCUGACGCGGCGGAAAAAAUGCUGAGAGAUUCGAUGGAAUGGAGGAAACGUUGGGAUACUGACAGUUUAGUUGAUUGGGAAAUUCCUGAAAUAAUAAAAACUUAUUUGCCUCAUGGAUUAAGCGGAUUUGACAACGACGGAGCACCAGUGAUCAUUGUACCAUUUGCUGGUAUGGACAUGUACGGAACAUUACAUGUAAUAUCGCAGAACGAAUUCGUCAAAAUUAUGAUAAAAAUAUUAGACAAUUAUUUGAACAUAGCCAGGGAGCAAUCCAAGAAGCAUGGACAAAUCGCUAAUCAAGUAACUGUUGUCUUUGACAUGGAAGGAUUUAAUCUUAAACAAUAUUUGUGGAAACCAGCUGGUGAACUGAUCAUCGCUUUUCUCCAAAUGUAUGAAGCAAACUACCCAGAAAUUCUAAAAAUGUGCUUUUUGAUCAAUGCCCCAAGAGUAUUCGCUUUUGCUUUUUCCAUUGUCAAGAAAUUCAUGGAUGACUAUACAUUGUCGAAAAUGCAAAUCUACAAAGCCGAACCUAUAAAAUGGCAAGCCGCAAUUCUCAAACUUAUUCCAAGCAAUCAACUACCUGCUCAUUAUGGUGGAACAUUAACAGAUUCAGAUGGCAACCCAAAAUAUACUUCAAAAAUCUGUCAAGGCGGUAAAAUACCUAAAGAAUUGUACACCAAAAAUAUGGAUAAAACAAACGAGGAUUAUACUACCGUUGUCGUUCGGAAAGGAGGAAAGUUAGAAUUCGAUAUUUCUGCACCUGAAGUGGGUUCCAUCUUAAGCUGGGAAUUCCGAAGCGAAGAUCACGACAUCAAAUUCGGGAUUUUAAAAAAGGAUGAUACCAACGGUACAAAAACAGAAGUUAUACCUAUCCGAAGAGUCGCGUCCCAUCAAUCGGAUGAAAUUGGAGUAUUAACAUGCGAAAAUCAGACGACAUAUUCCCUUGUUUUCGACAAUACAUACAGUCUCCUAAGGAAUAAAAAAGUUCAUUAUUCCGUACGUAUGUUACCACCGGCAAAACAAGCGGCACGAAUUAUGUAAUAAAAAGAAUAUUUUUUUAGGAAAUUUGCAGUAAUUAGUUUUUGGCAUUUUCUAUUUGUAAAAAAACAAGUUAAAUUUUUGAAAAAAUAUGUUAGUUUUAUAGUAGUAAAUAUAGGUAUGAGGUACAUUCUUCGUAACUUAUCACAAACUUUAUCACAGAUUUUAAUUGACAUUUUUUGUCUUUCAUUAUUUCUUUAUUGUGCAGAAACUAUGUGACUUUUAGUUGUAAUAUUAAUUAUGGUAUAUACAGACAAUAAAAAUAAAAAAUAAAUACAUCCUA